GUCCACGUCCUCGCCCCUAGUCCCGAUGUGUUAAUAUGACGGAUCCUCCAUCCACUCCCAUGAACCAGAUGAAUAGUUGCUUUCCCUUCCUCCCUCUCGCUUUUCCUCUCUGGCGCAUAACUUGCUCUAUCGGCUCUUCGUCCUAUCUGCACAUCCCCAUCCCGGCCAUUUCUACUCAUGCUGGCUCCAACCGGUCUUGAUACCUAGCUCGGACGGUACCCAGGUUUCCCUCCCUUCGCUCGCUUUACUUUUUGCCUCCCACUCUUUCCUGAAAAUAUCUAUGAGUUUGACCUACUUCAACAGUCUACAAUGGAUGCAUUAUGUAGGAUGCAUGGUUGUAUGGAUGCAUGUAUGAAUGGAUAUCCGUGUCUGGGCUUCGGGGUUUAUUUUUAUAGCACCUUGCUCCCCUUGCUCGUCCAGGCGGCGGCGUGUUUGACCCGUUGGGUGAUCUACGUCGGGACGCUGGGUUUUUAGUGGAUUUACUUUCGUACUAGUAAAAGAUCUCUCCCUCGGAUAUUAGUCGCUGGCCCUUGGAGGGGGGAAGAGAGAAAAAGGGAUUGUGUGGGCCGAAAGACCCGAAUGCGAAAGAAUGAUGAUGAUAUCGGGAGAGAGGGGCCAUGGCGAUUGAAGAACGGGAGGAGAAGAGAAAGAGAGGGAGAGAGUAA